AACCUUGAGGGGGGCUGCCUUGCCUUCCCCAAACCCCCUCCGAACGUGACGUCGGUCAACCAGAUUCAGCAACCCACCCAGCAACCCUUUCACCCCUUAGCCAUUCCUUCUCACUCCUCCCCACCAAAACACCGUUUCAUGCACCGCACGCGAGACGUAGAAUGCCGCACUCUGCGAGAUUGAGCCCUUGUUUCUCCUGCGGAAUCUAAUCAAUUCCGUCGGGCGUUCUCGCCGCUAGAGCUACCGCUAGUUUAUAUCGAGAUCAGGCGAGCAGACGCAGCGGCGGGCGGGCGGGCGCCGCGACCCCCUAGCUGUCAAGCAGGCAUACGCCCCAGCCACUGCGCUUUGCCCGUGGAGAGCAUUUCGCGUAUUUGGUUCGUUUCCCGCGAAUUAAGCCUGUAGUCGUCACGUCCUUUUCGCCAAGAUAAGAACAAAAAGCCCGCCUUCCGCAGUUUUCGUCGUCCCAGCCGCAGCAACCUCUGCGUUAAGCGCCCGUUCAACGUCACCCAGGCUCCGAGAACGGACGAUGCGUGUAACGUUAACGUCUGCUGCUGGGCCGCGCUCUCCCGAACUCCGACUCCGGCGACUCCGUUUCCGACUCGGCGUGGGCGUCGCUACUCCGACAGCGAUUAAUAGACGCAGUACUACUAGCAGCCGCAUCUCCAAGCGGAAGAUGCGGCAGCUCCUCUUAUCCGUCGUCGUCGUCAUCGUCGCGCUUUUAGUAGUCCACGGUGCCGCGAAGCAAGCUGCUGCUGUCAUGCUGCAUCCCACCCAGUGGGCGGUGGUGGAGGCGCUGAGGGCGGAGUGGGUGAACUUCGAGGGGCGCGCGUCGUGGAUCGGGGACAACACUUGCGAGGACAUGCACGGCCUCACGUGCACCGCCGACGGGCUCAUCACCAAGAUUGACCUGUCGUUCAAGACCCUCUCGUCCUCCAUCCCAGCAGCCAUUGCCAGCCUCCUUUCUCUCCAAUACCUCACACUGCGCAACUGCUCUCUCUCGGGCUCCAUCCCUUCUGCGCUCGGUCACUUAACCCGCCUCAAGCUGCUCACUGUCAGCGAGAACGGUCUGUCGGGCAGCAUUCCAGCCACCCUGGGGGACAUGGCGGCCCUGCAGUACCUCAAGUUGAGUGACAACGAGCUGUCAGGAUCACUCCCCAACUCGCUUGACCGCCUCUCCAACCUUGCAGCACUCAUUCUCAGCAGGAACCAGCUGACAGGCUCCUUGCCGCCCACCCUCACUCGUCUCCCGCUGCUGCAGACGCUGGAUGUGAGCUCCAACUGGCUGGACGGCUCCUUGCCCGCAGAGAUUGGAUCAUUCCCUGUGCUGCAAAACCUUCGGCUCAACGGCAACCGCCUCUCGGGGUCGCUGCCGCCCACCAUCGGCUCCAUUCGCACCCUGCGCACCCUUCAGCUGAGUGACAACGCGCUCUCCGGCCUCCCGCCAUCUACUCUGGGCGACCUCACUUCCCUUGAUCAAAUGUUUCUGGCCAACAACGAGUUCUCCGGUGACCUGCCAGCCACCAUCAGCAACAUCCCCUUCAUCAUCACCAUCGACCUGAGCGGCAACCUCUUCUCCUCCUCCCUGCCGUCCCAGUGGUCCGCCCUCUCUGUGCUGCGCAAGCUCCAUAUCCACCACACUCCUCUCUCCGGCGCCAUCCCUGCUGCCAUCGGCGCCAUGACCAACCUCAGGGACAUCCGCCUGUGCUGCAAUGCACUGACGGGCUCACUCCCCUCGGAGAUCGGCCUGCUCACCAAGCUCACACACCUCGAUCUCAGCUCCAAUCGUCUGUCUGGCUCGCUGCCUGCCACUCUCUCUGCCAUCCAACACGCCACAGCCAUUCUCCUGCGCGACAACCAGCUCACCGGCGCGGUCCUCCCCAGGCCAUCCGCGGCCACGCAGCAGUUCCAGCUGGACUCCAACUUCUUUACCACCUGGUUCCCCUACGCCCCCGCCACCUGCGCCGGCUCCACUCUCUGGGCCAACUGCCUGCCCGUGCCCACCGUCUUCUCCACCCCCACGGGGUACCUGUGCCCUGACAAUGUCCCCCUCCCCGAGGGGGUUUAUCGGCAGCGGAGUGCUGCUGCCUGCGCUGCAUUCUGCGGGCUGUUGGUGUCGCCGACGGCCGGGACGGUGACGAGGGUGCCGUGUGGGGGCCGCGGGAGGUGCUUCUUUGAGGGCCCGAACCGCGUGCCCACGUGUGCUUGUGACAAGGGGUAUCGGAAUGGAGAGGACCCGGGCACGUGCGUGGAUGAAGGAUUCGACCCCAACUCAGUCACCCUCACCUCCAAGGACAACCCCAAGGCCAUGGAUAUGUUCGGCUCGGCCUCCCUGGCCACCAACGGCGCCAUCACGCUCACCCCCUCCAAGCCCGCCAUGUGGGGUGCGGCACUGCUCUCCGCGCCCAUCCGCCUCUUCUCCUUUGACGUCAAGGCGGGCGGGGCGGGCCGCCAGAUCGGCUUCGAGGCGGAGUUCGCCUUCCGCCUCGCCGCCGACCACGGCAACGGCACCAGCGGCUUCGCGUUCGUGAUCUCCGCUUCGAACAUCCCGCCUGGCAACGACCCUGGUGCUGGCGGUGGGGGGGGCGGCGGGGUGGCAGACCUGGGGUACGCAGGCAUGGAUGCACAGAGCGUGGCGGUGGAGUUUGAUACGCGGAUGGACGCAGCAGCCAAGGACCCCAGCAGCAACCACGUGGGCGUGGAUGCCGCCGGCUCCACCGUCUCCCUCGCCUCCGCCGCCCUCCCGCCGUCCCUCACGCUCAACGACGGCGGCGAGAAGCAGGCGUGGGUCACGUACUCGCCGCUCAAGGGCGGCCUGCUGGAGGUGUUCUUGGCGUCUGGAGGUUCGUCCGGAGCGGGUGCGGGGGCAGGAGAUAAGCCGGUGGUGCCGGUGCUGAGUGUGAAGAUUGCGCUGUGGAAGGUGCUGAAGCCUGGGGUGAGCCCGGCGGUGGUGGACUCGUACUACUUCGGGUUCGUAGGCGCAUCGGGGCAGCCGCCGCAGGAGCAGACGAUCACGUCGUGGAGCAUCGUGACCGGGUUUCCAAGCCGACAAAUUGCAACAGGCUUCCCACUGGGCCUCGUGUUGGAGAGCAAGCAGCUGGCAGCAGCGCCGGUGAACCCACUCUUCCGCUACGCCAGCGUGGGCUACGAGCCUGCGGGCUCUACCACCACCGGCAGUCCCGCACAGGGAGGCACGGCGGUGGAGACAUGGGUGGUGAACGCCAACCACUCGUGGGUGCAGCCGUCGCUGCACUGGGAGCUCAGGGACCAAGGCACCUGCGGUGACUGCUGGGCGUACGGGGUGGUGCAGAGCAUCGAAGCUGCGCAUGCCAUCCUACACCACCGCUCCGCACCCCUUCUCUCCGUGGACCAACUACGUGCCGACGUGGGCGCAGACUGCUCCGGGGGCUCGCCGUUCGUGGCGUUCCAGUACCUCACCCUCGCCAGCAAGGCCGGCAAGGGGCUCUUGGAGGAGAGCCAGUUUCUGCAGCUCAGCAGCGCAGCGGGGAAGGGGGGGAAGAGUGGAGGGAACAGUGGGGGGAGUGGGGGGAAGAGUGGAGGGUGGCUGGCGCAGGGGCUGCGAGUGCCGUUCUUGGAGAGGCUGAAGCGGGCGCUGAUGCAGUGGAGGGCACGGGGGAAGAAGGCCAAGAAGAAGCCCCAGAAAGGGUUGAGGAUCAGCGGGUUCGAGCGCACGUCCUUCUACGGCUGGUUCGGGCUCAUGCUGGCAGUGCAGCGGCAGCCAGUGGUGGUGCACAUCGAGGCGUCAGCGCCCUCCUUCAACGAUUACGAUGGGUUUUACAAGUACGCGGACCCCGAGUGCUUCACAUACAACCUGAAUCACGUGGUGCUGCUGGUGGGGUACCGCCUGGUGGGGAGCGACGAGGAUUUUCCCCACAUGGCGCCGCCCUUCUGGAUCAUCCGCAACUCAUGGGGGCCUGAUUGGGGCGAUGGGGGCCACAUGCGCAUGGACGUCCAGGGGGGCGACGGGGUGUGCGGCAUCAACACGCUGCCAGGCCUCUACCCCGUUGUCAAGAGCUCCAGCGACCCCUGCAACGGGGGGGCGGCGCAUGACAGCAGUGGGGCUCUGCUGAACCCCUGCGGCGGCUUCCCCUGUCGGCGCGACGGCCGCACCAACAAGUGCGAGUGCACCGCGCCCUUUGUGCAGGCCAACAACGCCGACGGCUCCCGCACCUGUGCCUACGUGGACGUGUGUGGGUCCAGCAACGGCAACCCGUGUGCGGUGGGCACAUGUGUGAAUGACGGGGCGGGGUCGUACUCGUGUGUGUGUCCUCUGGGCUUCAGGCAGGGCACCACUGUGGACGGCACCCUCUCCUGCGCUCCAGGCAGCAGCAACGGCAGCUACACGGUGCUAGCGGACGGCGUCUCAUGUGCGGACGUGCACAGCAUGUACGGGCUGACGCUGCUGCAGUUCCAGGCUCAGAACAGCCACGUCAACUGCGCCAAGCCCCUGCCGCGCAACACACGCCUCAACAUCACCUCCGCCCUGCCGCUUUGCUCUGUCUUCUACACCGCGGCUCAGGGCGAUUCGUGCCUAUCCGUGGCUGUCCUCUUCUGGCUCGACACCAACUGCGACCCCUCCGACCAGCCCUGUGUCGAAGCCUUCCAAGCACUCAACCCCGGCGUCGACUGUACCACCAACUCCGGAGCGCUCUCUGCCAGCCAAGUGGUGUGUGUGGAGCGGUCGUCGGCAGCGGUGGACGCUGGUGGCGGUGGCGGGGAUGCGGUGGUGCCGGUGUGCUCGCAGACGUACGCGGUGCAGGGCGGGGAGAGCUGCGAGGCCCUGCGCAGCGUGCCCUCGCCCCCGCUCUCCCGCCUCGACUUCUACCGCCUCAACCCCGGGAUCAACUGCGAGAAACUCGUGCCACCCAAUGGCGUCGGCGCCACUACUGGGUUUGAGGUGUGCAUCCAGUCAACGUCGUCAUAUAGAGCGGGCUCUUGUCCUCGCUCAAACUUCCACACUGUUCUCAACAAUGAUCGAUGCAGCACAAUCCAGUUUAGGUACUUCAAGGGAAUAAAGAGCUGCUACAAGUGGAUAAAUGGCUACGAUUGCCUUGACAAGUUGAAGCAAGGAACCCGGAUUUGUCUACCUGACCCGAAGAAGAUAAAGAAGGGUAAAUGCUCCGUCUAAUCGAAAGUUGCUUUAGGCUCUCAAACCCAUUGAUUUAUUCCUUUUUAUAUAUAUUGAAGAAGGUGGCCGUUUUUU